UUCAAUCAAAUCUCCUUCUUUUACGUCUCAGGCAGAACCCGUUACCUUAGCUACUAGGCGUUAGCGAUGUUAGCUUGUUAUCGGAAUAUUUAUGUUUAUUUAAAUAAUACGGGUUUAUACGCUUAAAUUCGAUCAUUCAGGUCUGUGUUUGUUUUUCUCUUCUAGUUAUUAUUUUUCCCUAAUAUUACCUGGCAUCUCUUCCUCCUCUCUCUCCAUAUAAGCAAUGAGGCAUCCACAGGCGGACAUUUAAAAUGCUGCAUCUUCGGACAGUUUGAAGAAAAGGAGGAUUUUAUUAUAUAUAUAUAUAUUUUUUAUUUUUAUUCCUUCACGUCCAGUUAAGAUCUGACAGGCCCAGAGGAUCAAGAGGAGGUUUUUAGCGUAUAUCCAUCAUGCAAAAGCAGGCAGGGACGGCCCCCUCCUCUCGGGGUCCUAGUGCCCCUGGAUCUCCAGCCACUUCCAUUGUGGCCAGAAUGGAUAACGAGGUGAUCGGAUAUAAAGACUUAGCAGCAAUUCCUAAAGACAAAGCCAUCCUGGAGGUGGAGAGACCUGACCUGAUGGUGUAUGAACCUCAUUUCAACGUGUCAACUUUGGAUCGUAUCAGUCAGUCCAGGAGCAGAGAGAGAUCAAUGUCACCUCAUUCCAUCUCCCCCCCACCUUCCCCAGAGAUAAUCAGCUCCAAAGAAAAGGAGUGGGUGGAACAUGACUCGCCAACCACAUCCUCCAUGGGCUCCACCGUGCAGCUCCGCAAAACAAGCACCUCAUCCAGAGGCCCCAUACAGCACUUCCACAGACCAGACAACGGAACCAACAUCUACAGCAAGCCUCCCAUUUACAAGCACGAGGGAUCAGCAGCAUCUCAAAAUAAGAAUAAAGAUGACGUCAUCAUCUUGUCCUCUAAGUUCCCAGCAGCCCAGCCUCCCGAUCCCAACCAGCCAUCCAAAAUAGAGACAGAGUACUGGCCCUGUCCGCCAUCACUGGCUAGCAUGGAGAUUGAAUGGAAGAGGAAGGCAGCAGAACAGGGCAAAGCUGUAGAGGAAGACGACUUUGAAGACCUGACUGAGGACGCAAAAAAGCUGCAGGAGCAAGAGCUUAACAAAAUCCAGUCCAACCUUGGUAAGCUGAUCCUGAAGGAGGAAAUAGAGAAAUCAGUGCACAUCCGGAGGAAAACUCGUUCACUGCCUGACAGGACACACAUGCACUUGGGUUCAUCUGCAUCUAAAUCUGCCACUCUACCUUCCUGCAGUCGUUCCGGCCUUUCUCGGCUGCAGUCUGCUGAAUUUGCAUCCAUGGACAGUGAAAAAGCCAGAACAGGACUGCAGAACGGAGACACUCAGAGAGGGAGAAUGGAUCGAGGAAACUCGCUGCCUAGCAUGCUGGAGCAGAAGGUUUAUCCAUAUGAAAUGCUCAUUGUAAACCACAGAGGGCGCUGUAAGCUUCCACCCGGAGUGGACAGAACCAGACUAGAGAGGCAUCUCUCUCCUGAAGAUUUCCAGAGUUUAUUCGGGAUGCCGAUCGGGGAAUUCGAUCGUCUGUCUCUGUGGAAAAGAAAUGAACUGAAGAAAAAAGUCUCUCUUUUCUAACACUGAGGAUCUGCCUAUGGACAAAAGCGUUCUCUGAUACUAACACAACUCAGACGUUUCAGGAUAAGUAAACCACGCAUAAUCGACCGUUAACUCCGACACGUAUCGUACGGCUUGUGUACAUCUAUUAUAGACUCGUGCUCUCUGUGUGCAGUAAGUCAAAAUGUUCUAAAACAGAGGUCAAAGAUCACAACCCAUUUUCUCCUGAAGAUUUGACCUUCCUGUAAAGCUUUUCUGAUCCACUUUGCAUUAGCAUAGGCCCAGACGUGUCUCGGUCUUACAUAAUGGAUUCAUGAAAAAUGCCUUUCAUGAGCUACUGUUAGAUUAGAAAUGCGGCAUCCUCAGCAUCUGGCUCGCUAGAUAGUUAGCAUGCUAAUUGGCUAGCAGAAUAACAUUAUGGAGCACUGUAGUGGUGCAGUGGAUAAUAUUGCUGCCUAACAGCUCCAUUGUUUAGGGUUUGUGUCAGUGUUGGUAUCUGUGUUUGUCCAGUUUACUCCAACAUGCUGCUAGGUAGAUUGGAUACUUUAAAUUGGUCCCCAAAUCCCAUUCAGGGUGUGGCACUGACGUGGACGGAGUGCUUAAUGAAGAUGAAUGAUUGAGCAAAGCAAUGCAGUUCCAUGGAGUUAGAGGAAUACAAUACAAUUUAAACACGGACAAUGAAAGCAAGUGUUUAAGUACAGACAGACCUUAUCACAGAAUCAGUGCCAACAGGUGAUCGCCUCUGUUGCAAGUUCCAUCAUCAUGUGAAGACACUCUCAGUAUGGAAUAUGUUUCUGUGAUAGGGGACAUCUUUUGGGGCUGUUAGUUUUGACUGUCCUUGACUGUUAGAUGGCAAACGGAGCGGUUUUAAGGCAAAGCAUGAUGACAUGUCGCUUAACCAGCUAACGUCAGCGGUAUUAACCUGUAGUAAGAUAUGUUUCCCUAAACCCCCUGUGACCAAUCAGAACAGAGCGUAGCACAGAGCUAUAUAAUAAUCUCAGUAUGGCUGAGAAGUGGAGAGGGGAAUGGAGGAGGGUUAAUCUUCAGGAGUAGCUUUAGUGAUAUAAUAUACAGCUUAAUAGUACACUUACAUACAGUCAAGAAAAUAUCAUCCAAAUAUAACUGUACAUACACAGAGUCUAAUUCUAGAAGAACUGCUUCUAAAAAGCCCAGAUUAUCGCCUUAUUCCUUUUAUAUUAGUGAGAUUCUCAAAGUGCCCAGGUCAGUUUGUGUAACAUUUGUGUUACGAUCACAGAUAUUAUGAACACGAUGCUCAUUUAUUGUCACUAAAAAAAAAAAACCCCAAUGGUGUCACUGUAUAAAUAUUUUAUUUAUUUAUUCAUAGCCAUGCUCAUAAAGUGAACCUCUAAUCCUGCACAUCUAUAGCAAAAGCAUCUAUUUUGUAACUCUGCAUGGAUAUUAUCUUAGCGUCUGUGCGUCUGACUACAGGUUUCAUACCAAGCAUUCGUGUGUUUCAGCUUUUCUUUUUCUUUUCUUUUUUUACUUUCUCACACAGUGUAGUAACUGUAACGUCAGGGACAAGUGAUUAUUAUACCACGUAAUAUUUCACAUAUACACAUGCUUAAUAUGCCAGCCUGGUUAUAUCAGACUGAAACAUCGGGUUUAUAAGACAGAAUCCUGAGUCAUGGUUUCGUACAGUCUGCUAGAAUGUCUGCUGCAUACGAAGGCAGUAGCUCAUGCUGAGUUCAAAUGCAAAACACAAAACCCCACGUCCGUAUGCAAAGUAUGCAAAGAAUCAUAGAGGUUAGAUGUCAUGAAUUUGACUGUUUCGCUUCUGUCUUAAAGGAGCAACCCUUUAAAUCUGAAUCUCUUUCUAUUUAUUCUGUUAUAUACAUAUAUCAGAUAAGCACAGGCAAGUAUUCUGACCUAUUUCCCUGCACUGAGGAACAAAAGAACAGAAAUUCUGCAUAAUGAAAAUGGCAAAUAAUGGACUUCUAAGGACUUCUAAAGUUUCAUGAAUACUUAAAUAUGUGAUUACAUACAAAUAUUACAAAUUAAAAAUGACAGCCAUUACAAAGGGCUUAAGAUGAGAGAGUGAAGGUUUCAUGGAUUUUCUGGAAUGUUUUUCUAAUUCUAGAAUUGUAAUUCUAUUAAUAGGAAAUGAAUAUAGAGUAAAUGACAAUUCGGGCACUGUGUGACCAAACAUUUUGUCUAUUAUCCCCAAGCUCCCAAAGAUGCCAUAGUGGAUAUAGUGUAUAGAGUUGCCAUGUGAUCACAACCAGAGGUACACUGUAUUGCCGAAAGUUUUGGGACAUCUGCCUUUACUUGCACAUGAAUGUAAUAUGGAGUUGGCUCCGCCCUUUGCAGCUAUAACAGCUUCAACUUUUCUGGGAAGGCUUUCCACAAGGUUCAGGAGUGGGACUUUUUGACCGUUCCUCUAGAAGCGCUUUUGUGAGGUCAGGCGCUGAUGUUGGACGAGAAGGUCUGGCUCGCAGUCUCCGCUCUAAUUCAUCCCAAAGGUGUUCUAUCAGGUUGAGGUCAGGACUCUGUGAAGUUCCUCCACACCAAACUCCCUCAUCCAUGUCUUUAUGGACCUUGCUUUGUGCACUGGUGUACAGUCAUGUUGGAACAGGAAGGAGUCAUCCCCAAACUGUUCCCACAAAGUUGGGAGCAUGAAAUUGUCCAAAAUAUCUUGGUAUGAAGCAGAAGCAUUAAGAGUUCCUUUCACUGGAACUAAGGGGCCGAGCCCAACCCCUGAAAGACAACAAUGAUUUGGAGGUGUGUCCCAAAACUUUUGGCAAUAUAGUGUAAGUGCAGUAACAGGUUCAAGGUAACAAACUGUUGCUGUAUUUGGAGGUAGUGUAGUAAACACAGACAAGUAGAGUGAUACAAAUGGUGUAAGGGAGCAGGGCUGUGAUCAGCACUCAUGGAAGGAUGCCCUUAGAUGUUCAUUAUUUAAAUUAAACAUGUUUUUUUUUUUUCAUUUUAUUUAUUUAUGUAUUUAUUUUUGUUAUUCAAAUCAACUAAUCAAAAUGAUUGCAAUUACUGAUAUGAAAAAUGUAAAGGGCUUUGUUUUAAACUUACUGGAGCAGUUCAUUCAUACAGUUUUCAAAUCAGAUUUGUGGAAUAAUACUCAAUUACUAUUCGGAAAAAAAUGAAUCCGAAAUAAUGGACUUUUAUUGGCUGAUUCACAACAGAAAGAAAUUUGUAACGCCAUGAUGAUUUGAGAAAUUGUGAGUAGGUUGAGUACAGGAGAUUUAGAUUUGUUUUCUGGUGAGGAUUUUUAGAAAAACACAAAUCGGUAUCAAGUUCAUAUGUUGAAUUUAUUCAGAAAUAAGAAGAGAUGAUGGGAAUUAAAGAGAUUUCAUUUCUGUAUUCUGCUUAGCAUCCUAAAUCCUGCUUUGUAAAUCAUAUGCUUCUCUUCAGUCUUGUUCAUUUUGAACCAGUUAUGUUUUCACCAGUAUGAUAACACACACACACACACACUUCUGGGAAGAGCCUCUGUUUAUUAUUUUACCCCAAGUCUGGAAAACUACAUUAUUGGUAAGACUUUUUCUCAUGUCUGUCCCAUCAUAAAAUCUUUUAGACUAUUAUCAGUGUGUAACAGCUACAGUUUUAAACUUUGUAUUAUGUAGUUGUAUAUUUUAACGGAUAACAUCACCGGUCCUAUGUCAGCUGCUGGUAAAUCAUGUACUGCAUGCUUAAUACACAUGUGAUAAUCCACAAAAUGUUUCUGUUCACAGCUUCAUGUGUGUAUCAUGGUCAUUUUACUGUCCGCUCCAUAAAUAUGUGUACAAAACAAAUAAAAGUCAUUGUGUCUGUUCA